AUGGAACGCGGCGAGAAUACAAUUUCAGAUGCGGAGGUGAUGGGGGAGAAAGCAGAGAUGUCACACGAAGAAAUUGUGCAUCUUGCUGAGUUGACCCCAGAGGAAAAAGUGCUUGAGAAGAAACUUCGUCGUCGCAUAGAUCUUUUGAUCAUGCCACUUGUGAUUCUUGUUUACCUAAUGAAUUAUAUCGACCGAAAUAACUAUGCAGCCGCCAAACUUCAAGGACUUACAGAGGAUCUUCAUCUAGACGGCCAGCAGUACCAAACCGGUCUUUCCAUCCUAUUCGUCGCCUACAUCCUCAUGCAGGUUCCAUCUAACCUCCUCCUCAACUACAUGGGGAGACCAUCUAUCUACCUUGGCUUCUUCGUCACAGCAUGGGGCUUAGUCUCUGCAUGCACCAGCCAAGUAACAAGCUACCGUGGGAUAGUAGCAUGUCGAUUCAUUCUAGGCUUAGUCGAGGCGCCUUUCUUCGCCGGAGUCCUGUUCUACCUUUCCAAAUGGUACACGCGAUCCGAGUUGGCAUUUCGAAUGAGCAUCUUCUACUCCGGCUCACUAAUCAGCGGCGCAUUCGGCAAUCUCAUCGCAGCCGGCAUCCUCAACGGCUUAGCCGAAAAACGAGGUAUGUCAGCAUGGCAAUGGCUCUAUAUAAUCGAAGGGUCAAUCACCUGCUUCAUCGGUGUGGUUAUAUGUUUUAUUCUCCCCGACUUUCCCGAUACGUGGCGGCUUCUCUUACCAGAAAUGCGAGCCGUCGCCAUACGCAGACUGGCAAUUGAAGCAGCCGAGGCUGAUGUCGAUGAAGAAGGUAGUCCGGGGAUGAGCCAGCUGAAGGGCUUGAAAAUGGCAAUGACAGAUAUCAAGACCUACGUGUUCGCAUUUGCGUUUAUGUGCAUUGCUGGCGGAGGAAGUUUUCAAUAUUUCUUCCCAACACUAGCGGAGACACUGGGAUACAGCAAGACGAUCUCGUUGUUACUCGUUGCGCCACCAUAUGUGUUUAUGGUGUUUUACAGCCUUCUUCAUAGUUGGCUUUCUGAUAAAAUGGGUGUUCGGUUUUGGUUUUUCUUUUAUCCCAUUCCCAUUACGAUUGUUGGAUUUGUUAUUUUCAUGACUACUGAUUCGUUUGGACCGAGAUAUUUUUCGUUGUUUUUGAUGAACUUCACUUUUGCCCAGAACGGGACCCUUUAUUCUUGGAUUGCGAAUGCGUUACCUCGACCUCCUGCGAAGCGUGCUGCUGCUUAUGCUUUUAUCAAUUCUAUUGGGAACUCGGCCACUAUUUGGACGCCUUAUACAUACUUUGACUCGCAGGGGUAUCAUUACCCUGUUGCUCUUGGUAUCUGUAUUGCAUUGCAGGCGUUGGGUGGUUUGUCGGCUAUGUUCAUAUAUUUCAAUCUGCGAUCGUUGAACAAGCGCCAAGAACGAUUGGAUAAUGAGAGUGGGGAAGUGCAGCUCACUGAGAAGGAACUGAGACGACUACAAAUUACCGCUGACUAUGAAGGGAUUGAUAUCGCGGCGGCGCGUCGGUUGCAGAAGGGAUUUCGAUAUACGCUCUAG